UAGAGAGAGAGAGAGAGAGAAGCCAAGCCAAAGUAUGUUGUGUGUGUUUUCUCUCUCUUGUGUGCUUGUGGUGCGUCUGCUGUGCGUGUGACUUGGAUGAGUUCAAUAUAUAAAAAAGACAUUUUCCCCUUCGGUCUUGGUGUUGUAUUAGCAAGUAUUCUCCUCCUCGGUCUCGCCUUUGCACUCUCUCUCUCUCUCUCUCUCUCUCUCUAGACAGCCCAUCUCCUCCAUCUCCUUCGCCCCUCCUCCCCACCAUACCAGGGCCUCGAAGAAAGAUCGGACCUUGGCGCCGUUUGAGCUGGUGGGUCGUGUCCCUUACGGGCCGUACGUCGCGUUUGGUGAACAAAAAAAAUCGCGCCUUUCUUCCCUCGCGCGAUAUCUCCGCUGCGCCGAAGUAAACGGGGAGGCAUGAGGAUCAGGAAAAGGCAAGUCCCGCUCCCUCUGUCGGCCCUCUCUCCGGUCCCUCUCUCAGAUCCCCUCUCGAGCCGCCGCUCUUGCCUGGUGCAACUCCGGUCCGCCCAUGACGACGACGGAGCCGACGGCCCCACCAGUUCUCGGCCGUCUGAUCGACCCAAUCGGCCUCCCCGGCCGGUCGGACCCGAGACGGGAGGCCGGGAUUCGUCUGAUUCCACUGCUGCUCGGGAGGAGAACGAAAGGAAGAGAGGUUUUCCGGAGCUGUUGCUGCAAGAAGAGGAAGAAGAUGGAGGAGAGAAGAAGGGUAAUGAUUCCAGUGCAUUGGCCGUGGAAUAUCCGAGCGGAUCUCCUGCGAAUUCAUCUCCUUCCCAUCGAGCAGCGGAAAGAUGGUGUGAGGGGGAGAGAGUGUUUCCGCCGAAGAAGAGAAGAGGGAGUUUGGGCGAAACCGCGAUGCUAGAUGUUAAAGAUAGUGGCGGCAGCAAGAAGAUGAGGUCGGCCAAGUCGGGGAAUGCGAGAACGAGCAAGAAAGAUGCGAGGCGAGACGAUAUUGACGAGGACGAUGGCAGCGAAUUCGAAGAAGGGCGAGGCCAAGGAGGAGGGGAAGAGAAGAAGAUUGUGGUGGGUAUUGAGAGCUCCAGUGCGAAGAAGAGAGGGAGAGGCGGGGCCCUCAUGGAGGGUUCGAGGUGCAGCCGCGUCAACGGGAGAGGAUGGCGGUGUUGCCAACAGACUCUGGUGGGGUAUUCGUUGUGCGAGCAUCACUUGGGCAAGGGGAGGCUCAGGAGCAUGACGAGCGUCCGGAGCAAAAGCAAGAGACCCAACUUGCUGUCAUCGUCGCGAGCCAACGAACUAUUUCCAGAAGAGAGAGCUCUAGAUUCACUGGCGAAAGCGGAAGGCACCGAGGAUGGAGAUGAAGAAGAUGAUGGCGAUAUCGAGGAGAAGGUGGCAGUGAAGAAGAAGGUGAAGCUCGGGAUAGUGAAAGCUCGCUCCAUGAGCAGCUUGCUGGGCCAAGCAAGCAGCGCAACUGCAACUGCAACCGCGGAUGCACAGCGAUGAUGUUGGGAGAGCAUUGAGAAGCAUGUACGAGCACCAAGUCUAGGUUAGCAACAAUGCUAGCCAUGCUAGGAUUAGUUCAUGUAUUGGUAUGCAGCGAGUGAUUCGACAUACUUUCAUCGGGGUUUCGUCCACUUCUCAGAAAUAUCAACUCGCCGUCUGACACGUCGCUAAGUCUGUUUAUUUUGUGGAAGAACAUUAGCGUACCUAGCAUUGCGACAAUGUUGGGAAAAGAACUGAUGGAGGAACGAGAACGGAGGUGUGAGUAUUGAACUAGUAGGUCAACUGUUUUUAAUGUUAUCGAGCUGUAUUGUUUCAUGUAAGAAUCACAUAAAGAAAAAAGUGUGUUCUCUGAUGGUUUGUUUUCUUUGUUUUUGUGGGUGCUAUGGCCUUUUCUAAACGGAAGGGGUUUCGGUUUUCAAUUCUCGUUCAGAUUGGAUUAUUCCUA